AUGUGGAAGGGCAUCAUGUGCUCACCCAGGACUGCGGAGCCAGUGCAGCUGAUACUCCUCGAUGUGCUGGGGAGUUGGCCAGAGCACAGCACGUUCACCUCUGACGGGGGCAAAACGGGUGUCUUUGUCCUGGCUGCAACUGUGGUGAUGUGGAAGAUCCUCCAGGUGCCCUGUGUCCCACAUAUGGUGACGGUGUAUUUCCCCCACCUACUUGUGCAUCUGCUUUUCCAAGUGUUCUUCAGCACUCUGGAUAUGCCAGAGGAGGUCGAUACCUUCUGGAAGGGAUGCCAGCAGCAAUACGGCCUUGCCACCAGCCCCAACAGGUUUGCAGUGCAGACCCUGAAGUCCCUGCUCUGCCAAAUGCAGCACGAGGAUGUGGUGCUGGCAAUGGAACGCAAGCGUGGCUGGGACACGCUGCUGUGUGCUGACACCCACCACUAUGCCGUGGGUCUGCUGGCCAGGGAGAUAUCCCGUGUCUCCAUCCCCUUGUGUUCCCAGAUCGCUCGCUACCUGCUCCGGCUGCUCAGCACACAGGAGCCACGCUGGGAGCUGCCCGCCCUGGCGUUCCUUGUGGAGGUCCUCGAGUGCCUGAACUUGAGUGGAGGCUGUCGCGGUGCUAACAGAGUCCUGCAAAUCUUGUCAAGGCACCUGCGGAGCAAGUGCAGGGACAGGCAUCGCCUGGCGCUCAGGGCCCUUCUCAAGCUCAUUGACAAUCCCUCGAUGAGGGAAAAAAUGUGGAGCCUGACUGAAAGUCUUGUGGAACUCCUGUGCGACACAGAUGGAGAGAUAGUUAGCAUGACAGUCAUGCUCCUCAGCUUUAUCUCCCGGGACAAGGACAUGCUGAUAGCCAGCUCCAUUGCACUGCAGCUGGUUGAGGUGCUCCUGCCACUCUUUGACCACGACAAUAGCCAGGUGCAGCUGCUCUCCAUCCUGCUAUUCCAAACAUUGGUGUCUCUUCCACUGGAAAAGGACAAAAAGGCCCUGAAGACACACGUGCACCAGAGCCUGCUGCCACUCUUCUUCCACUGCCAUGAUGAGGAUGGGCGUGUGGCACAGGCUUCUCAGGAAACGCUGCUUUGUGUGGCCCAGUUCCUGAAGAGGAGGGAUCUGGAAAAAGUGGUGAAGAACAAGAAGCUGUGGAAGUUCACCGAGUGCCUGCUGGCAGACGACAGCAGCAGAGCGGCCGAGCACCUGUGCCAGGCCAUGCCCUACCUGGAGAGCCCACAGGAGCCCCUGCGAGAGGCGGCCAUCAGGUUCCUGGGGAUGGCCGGGCGGCAGCUGAGGGGUCAGAAGGAAGAGCUCCAGCUCAUCUGUGAGGCCCUUGAAGGCAUGGCAAAUGACAUCAGCGUCGCCGUUGGAAGCCUGGCAAUUCAAACAUUGUACGUCCUCCAGGCAGUAGAGAGAGCUCGAUAUUCCAUCUUGGACAGCCUGCAUGAUCAGCUCCACAGGGCAUGGAGGACACGGCCUCGUCUCUUGGGGCUCGGCUGGCUGCGCUGCCGGAGCUGUGCAGAGUGUUGAUCCCAGAGGCUCUGUCUGCUGGGGCCACCUGAGCCAGCAGGAAUGUUUCCUUUCUUCGAGGUUGUUCUUUCGUUCUUUCUGCUUUUCUGUAGGAUAUAAAUAUAGGAUGUGUUGUAAUAGACAGA